AGGACCGACAGACAGCGCUGAGUUACAGUGGUUGGGAUGAACAUAUUGUGUGUAGCUGUACUUGUGGCAAUAAGGCAAGGCGUGUUCAAUAAAUCUUUUACCCAGGGUGCUGCAGACGAUUGGUUCCAAAGUUCAGAGCAGAGUCGAGAGCGAGAAGAGGACGAGUAAAACUUCGGCGUCAAGGUGAUUCGUUAGCGGGGGGAAAAAAAUCUUUUUACAGCUAUUCACAGAAAUAAACACGGGCAAGCUCAAACAUGGCAGAAAGCACAAGUCCGAAAGGCAGCUCUGGGGUUUUUGCGAAAAAAGUGCAAAGACAGCUGAGCAGAGGCAAAGAAAAGGUGAUGCAAAGACUGGGAAAGUCGCUGGAGACUAGAGAUGAUCACUUUGAACGCUUCCUCCAAAUGUUCAAUGACCAGCAGGCAGAUGGGAACCGAAUAUACAAGGACUUAAGGAACUACAUUAACGCAAUAAGGGACAUGCGUGAAGCGUCGAGACGCCUGUCUCAGUCACUGUUUGAUGUUUACGAGAGGGACUGGGCCGGGGAGGAGGAUCUGGGAGCCAUUGUAGAGGGCGAAGACCUCCUGUGGAACGACCACGAGGUCAAGCUAUUAGACCAGGCCGUGCGCACCAUGGAGUCCUAUGUGAGCCAGUUCCCAGACGUUCGGGAGAAAAUAGCCAAGAGGGGAAGAAAACUGGUGGACUACGACUCGUCCCUUCACCACCUGGAGGCUCUGCAGACAGCCAAGAAGAGGGACGAUAUCAAGAUAAACAAGGCGAAGGAGGAGAUGAAAGCUGCCAAAACCAUUUAUGACGGAAUCAACAGUGAGCUGAAAGAGGAGCUGCCUGUUCUCUACAACAGCCGCAUCGGAUGUUAUGUGGCCGUCUUCUCGGCCGUGUCUAAUUUGCGGGACAUCUUCUAUAAGGAGAUGAGCACGCUCAAUCUUGAUCUCCAGUGCGUGAUAAAAGAGCUGCAGGCUCAGCAUCCCGACAAAGUGUUUGCUGUGAGGGGGCUGCAGAGGUAUGGCUCCCUGAACAGACGAAGCCUGAUGUCCCCCAAGGCCUGGAAAGCCAGUUUUUCUGACUUUCACAAGGUCUACAACCCCAGACUGAGCCAGCGGUCCAGUUUCAGGUCCCCGGAAAAGCCCCGCCACAGCUCUCUGUCCAGAGAGAGCAGCACGUUUGGCCUCUCCUCGCGGUCGUCCACCCUGGAGAGACCCCUGAACGAAUCCAGGGAGGUGGACACGCCGUCCGGUUCCUCUGACAACCAGAGCUCCGCGGCACAGGAUGACGCUGUGGCGGGGACGUCUGGAAAAGAGCCCGAGUCAGGAGAGGGCAGCGGUGUUCAGGUGGAAGAGGAGAAAAGCUCCAAGGAGAUAGAAGAUAAGAAAGAUGGUGAAAAAGCUCCACCAAGUGACAGCAGCUCUGAACUGGACAACUCCUGCGACUCGGCGAGUUUGGAGUUGCAGUUGUCUGCCGCCCGCAGCGAAACGCUGCACAUUGAAGAAGAAGAAGAUGACACCCCUGCGACCUUUGACUCCCCGAAAGCAAACGGACUGAAGAACGGCGACGUCGCCGGGUUGAACUCUGACACCAAGGACCUGAACAUUCCUCACAAGGAUGGUCCUGGAGAAAAAGACGCACAAAAUGACUCAAAAAUCACAACCGUUUGAAGUUUUUCGCACUUUUAAUAAAGAAGACUGAAGAUGACAGCUGGUCAAGAGGCGAAAAUAAAAAAGAUGAGGACAGCUGCACAGACGAGACUGUUGUUUAAUAACUGAUGUUCCAUUGCUGUUAGUUUUCUCAUUUAUCUUUGAAAUCAACUAUGCAUGAUGCCCCACAAAGAGCUUGUAAAAUUAGUCAUCUAUUAAAAGCACAAACCAAACAAAACAA